AAGAAAAAGAUACCAUCGCCACCAUCAAUACAAAUUCAUCAUUAUUGACUAAGAAGAAUAUUACUGAAUUAAUCCCAAUUUUAAUUGAAUUAAUUACAUCCGCAACAACAACAAAAGGGAAAUCAAAAUCGAAUAUUGAUAUUAAAGUAUUAAGUUUAAAGAAUUUGAAAUUAAUAAUUGAAAAAUUUGAUGAUAUUAUUAAUAAACAAAAAUUAUUAAAUGAUUUAUUACCUGCUUUAGAUGAUAAGAAAAGAGUUGUCAGAAAAUUGACUAUUGAUUUAAGACAAUCAUUAUAUGAUUCUAAAUAA